AUGGAUGGAGCCUUUUACAUCUCUUUCCGGUUCGUCAUAGCAACAGCUCUCGUUACAUGGCUGGGUUGUGAAAUCCCAUUCGAGCUUCGUCAAUUUCGAGACAAGCCCAUGUUUCUCUGGUUCACCUAUGCCACUGAAUGGGCAUUCAUUAUCCUCACCCUUACCUCAGUUGGAUUCGCUGCCUUCUGCAUCAACUGCAGGCUAAAUGAAGGUUGCACAAACUCGGUGGUUGGUGAUAGGAUCCUCUGGUUCUUCUUCGUAAUUUCCGCCAACGCAAUGGUAACAACAUCGGGCAUCUAUUGGAUUGCAUUUUGGGAUCGCGAUUACGGUGAGGACUUCUUCUGUCUCUCUCGUUUAGCCUACUUCUUUAAACUGACUUCCAAACUGAAGCACUCAAUUCCAGCCCUCCUCGUCAUCGUCGACGUGUUCAUCAAUAACCUUCCAAUGCGGCUGGUACAUUGUGUCUACACCCUCGUAGUAGGGAUUUUGUAUGGGCUCUUCACAUACAUUUACUGGCUAUCUGGAAGUGGAGGAUUCACUGGCAACGGUAUUAUCUAUCCCAUUCUCAAUUGGAACAGACCUGGAUUUGCGAUUGGUGCAUGCGUUUUAGCUCUUCUUUUCUGUUGUUUCAUUCAAGUGUUUCUCUAUCUCCUCUACUUCACUCGCACCUACCUGAGCUACCUUGUUGGAGGGCGGGGUGUACAGACUUUCCGGCUCCUCUGUCCAGAAGGCAGUGACGAAAGUCACUUGUUAGCUCGAGAGGCCUCGGACGCCUUUGAAAAUGACAGGGCGACAAGCACAGCUAAAUCCUACUCCAGUUUGGAGUGA